AUGAAGACGAUGAUGUCCAAUCUUCCAAAUGAAUUGGUGGAGGAGAUUAUAUCUAGGGUUCCGGUGAAAUCUACGAGAAUAGUUCGAUUUACUUGUAAAACGUGGAACUCUUUCUUCCAAGAUCCGAGCUUCACGAUCAAGCAUAUUGGCUACGCAUCAGCAUCAUCGUCAAGAGAAAAGGAUCUUGUGAUGAUCUCGAAGAAUUCUAAGGUUGAAUUGAUAAGGAUCAAUCUCUACGGAAUCGACAAAAGCAACGACGACUUUGCUCUAUCCAUCAACCGUAAAGGUACACUUAUCAGCCGACAAAACUCGCUAAAAGUGCUCUGUAUAUCCAAAGUCUUUCACUGCAACGGUCUAUUGCUAUGUGUAUUGAGAAACAUCGAUAAUAGGGUUGUGGUUUGGAAUCCGUAUGACGGGAAAAGAAGAUGGAUCAAACGUAGAGAAUGUAAGUUAGAAAGGUUUGCUUUAGGAUACGACAAAUCUUGCGGUAGCCACAAGAUCUUGAAGUUCUUCAACAAUUACCUCCAAAUCUACGAUUUGAUCUCAGACUCUGAUUCGUGGAGGGUUCUUGAUGCUACUUUUGACCGGGAUAUAGAGAUAGAUUAUGGUAAAGUUGACGUGUCUCUGAAGGGAAACACUUACUGGUACGCUAGGGUUAAGAGCACACGAGAAGGUUUCUUGAUCUGUUUUGAUUUUACGAGAGAGAGAUUUGGACAGCGUCUGCCUCUACCGUUUGAUGAUGAUAACAUUGAAUGCAAUGUGUCUCUAUCUACGGUUAGAGAAGAGAAGCUUGCGAUGUUAAUGCUACCAAGGGAUACGCUUGAGAUGGAGAUAUGGGUUACGAGUAAGAUUGAGCCUGAUGAAGUGUCGUGGAGCAAGUUCUUGAGAGUUGAUAUGAGGCCGCUCGUUUACGUUUUGAAGUUCAAGAAUUUCUUCAUCGAGGAGGAGAAGAAAAUCGUGGUGGCUUUUGGUGAAGAUGACCUUGGCACUUUGAACACAGCUUACAUCAUUGGAGAGAAAGGUUAUUUCAAAAGUGUGGAUCUCAGGAAAUCUGUAGACAUAAAAGUUCGUCCAUUUUUGUGCUCAUAUGUUCCAUCUUUUGCACAAAUCGAGUGA